AUAUUGUCAAUGCCGACAAGAUGUCGGGGAGGAGCAGGAAGUACAAGAUUAUCUUCAGCCCCCAAAAGUUUUACGCUUGCGAGAUGGUGCUGGAGGAAGAGGGAGUCUUUGGUGAUGUCACCUGCGAUGAAUGGUCCUUCUACCUGCUCCCCUUGGACGAAGACAUCAUCAGCAUGGAGCUGCCCGAGUUCUUUCGUGACUACUUCUUGGAGGGAGAUCACCGCUGGAUUAACUCCGUCGCUCGAGCCCUGCAGUUACUGAACUCCCUGUACGGGCCUUUCGGCAAGGCCUACGGGAUUGGCAGGUGUGCCAAGGUACGGCCCACGCUGCUGGGCUCGGCCGGUGCGCGGGGAAGCCUCCCUUACGUAACCCCUGUAAGGGACACGGACUACGUGACGGCGCUGUGCUCCCAGGUGGUGUAUGAGGGGCUGGUGGACGACACCUUCCGCAUCAAGUGCGGGAGCGUGGAUUUUGGGCCAGACGUCACCUCUUCUGACAAGAGUAUUAAGGUGUUGCUCAAUGCCCAGGACAAAGUCUUCAGUCAGAUUCGGAAUGAGCACUUCUCCAGCGUGUUCGGCUUCCUGAGCCAGAAGUCGCGUAACCUGCAGGCACAGUAUGAUCGGCGCCGCAGCAUGGACAUCAAGCAGAUGAAGAACUUUGUCUCCCAGGAACUGAAGGGACUAAAGCAAGAGCAUCGCCUGCUGAGCCUGCAUAUUGGUGCCUGCGAGUCCAUCAUGAAAAAGAAAACCAAGCAGGACUUCCAGGAGAUGAUCAAGGCUGAACAUUCUCUGCUGGAGGGCUUCGACAUCCGUGAGAGCACCAGCUUCAUAGAGGAGCACAUUGACCGGCAGGUGUCCCCCAUCGAGAGCCUGCGCCUGAUGUGCCUCCUGUCCACCACGGAGAACGGUCUCAUCCCCAAAGACUACCGCUCCCUGAAAACCCAGUACCUGCAGAGCUACGGGCCUGAGCACUUGCUGACCUUCCACAACCUCAAACGCAUCGGGCUGCUGACCGAGCAGUCGGCUGGAGAGACCCUGACUGCUGUGGAAAGCAAAGUCAGCAAGCUGGUGACGGACCGUGCUGCAGGAAAGAUCACAGAUGCAUUUAAUUCUUUGGCCAGGAAGAGCAAUUUUCGAGCCAUAAGCAAGAAGCUGGGGUUGAUCCCCCGGGUAGACGGAGAGUACGACCUGAAAAUGCCUCGGGACAUGGCUUAUGUUUUCAGUGGAGCCUACGUCCCCCUGAGCUGCAAGAUCAUUGAGCAGGUGCUGGAGCGCAGGGGCUGGCUGGGCCUGGAGGAGGUCGUGCGGCUGCUCAACGGCAACGAGUUUUCCAUCUCAG